AUGUCAUCUCUAUUGCCUAAUAAACAGUAUCGUCUCGUUUUCAAAUUCCGCAACAAAAAAAUGAAAAUACCUAGGGACAUUGUUUUUCAGGUUACUCGUGGAUUCAGGGCUAGAACAAAGGGUUGCCUAAAGCUAGCAUCCGUGAGAGCCGCCAAAGCUCUGAACUACUCGUUUUACUCCAGGAGGAAGCGGCACGCCCAGAUUCGAGUCCACUGGAUUUCUACCAUAAACAGGUCCUCCAGGGAGUGGAUGCUGAUAUACUCCAGGUUUGUUGGAGCGCUGAGCAGGCUAAACUGCACUUUAAACAAAAAGUCGCUCUUCAACCUGGCGCUCACCGAACCCGUGAGCUUCAAGUGCCUGGUCGACGAGUCAAAAUACGUAAUUAACGAGAGAACGGAGAAGCUGCGAGACAUAAGUACCCUGUAA